GAUAUGACUGUAACAUGUAGCACGACUCUCAGCCUGCUCAGAGUAAGUACUCGGCUUCAUUUUGCUUUCUACAGAAAUGGGCAGCAACUCCAGGGAUUCACACCAUUGGAUACAUACCGAGUUCACUUCACCCAGGAGGACGACACUGGACGUUAUACCUGUAAAGUCAAAACUUUAACCAACAAUGUAAAGAAGAUGAGCCACGAAUACCAUGUCUAUAUGACAGAGCCGUUCUCCUAUCCCCACAUUGAAGUCAUCCCGAACCCGGUUAAUGAAGGCGAUGACAUGACUGUGAUAUGUAACAGUACUCUGACUCCAGUCUUGGCUGCUUCGUGGUUUGAAUUUGCUUUCUACAGAAAUGAGCAGAUAGUGCAGGAAUUCAGUUCAUCUGAUAAAUAUCGAGUUUCCGUGGCUCAGGUGUUACACGCUGGAAAUUACAGCUGUGAGGUCAGAAUCUCAACCAAUAGUGUAAGGAAGAUGAGUGAUGUGACUCACAUCCACAUAGUAAAGCACCAAAAUAGAUUGCUGUUUGACAUUCUGGCUGUGGGUUUGCUGCUGUUAAAGAUUAUUGCCGCUGUAACGAUGCUCAGAUUUUGGCCCAGACUGACUUCAGGUGUUCUCAUUCCUAACAGACCGGAUCAGUAACUGGGAGAAUUCCUUCUCCUGCUCCUCUUACUGUUUAUAAUAAGCAAUGCUUU